AUGGCUCCCCGUGUUUCUCCACGGCAGCGGUGCGGCAUGAGCACAUCGGCCAAAGGGUUGCACCACCCGACUUGGGAGCGCAAGAGAUGGAUAUCAGACAAGACCUCGUUCCCCCUCCACUCGCUCUCCUUCCCGCCUUCAUUCCGACCUCGCUUGGCAGAGACACCGUACAGUACUCUGGACGAUGUCGCCCACCGCACGUGCCAUCGAGUCGCGCAACAUCCAGGCGACCCGCACGCAACACCCGACGGUCGGAAGACAAGACUGGGUCACGAACAAUUUUCGCUCGUCCGCCGUUGA